GACAAUUUUCCAGCGAAUUCCGCUGUUAUUUUUAGUGUUGCGUGACUGUACCUCAGUUAGUUAAAGUUAAGGAAGGAACUUUCUAAGAAAAACGGAGGAAGAAAUCGGUCAAAUAUUUGGAAAAAGAUCGGCGUUGUCGCAUCGGCAUAGGAGGAUUAUUUACCACACGGGAAUCUGUUAGCGACGCGGGUCAAGGCUAUACACCAGCUGUACCCGAAUUAAAAGGUGGUUUAAUAGGAACAAGAUCGAAGUUAAACGAUUGAAAAUUUGGAAACAAUCAGCGUUGCCGCAUCCGUGUAGGAAGAGGAAAGAGGUAUUGGUCGUAUAUCUACGGGAAGCAAAGCGUGUCGAAAGCAAAUCUGGGUUCAAUACUAUACAAUGGACAGUGAAGCUACAAGCAGUAACGGAACUAAAGACAGCUUAUACAAUAAAUUCAUAUUAACAUUAGACGAAGAUACGCGUGAUAAGUUGAAUGAUCUUAAUUUAGUGACACCAGUGAUGACGAUCUGAAUCAAACUGUAUUGCAUUCAGUGAUCUUGUUUUUAAAGCAUAUUAUCCAACGGAAACAGAAAACGGCGUAACGUUCGAGAGUAUAGCUGUUAUGAAAGAGCAAGACUUGAGAGAGAUGGAAAUAACAAAAAAAGGACCGCUUGUUCUCAUUCUGGACUUCAUUGAAAAGGCCAAGCGAACUAUUACUUCACAUGACGACUGGAUCGAGUCAUCAGCACCGGUGAAUUCAGCAUUUCCAAUUCAUGAAAUUAAGGCUGCAUUGGAACAAAACCCACAAUUUCGAAACAUUUACACCAGUAAGCUAUUAAUGCACGUGGUUCUGGAACACAAUGAACUGCUCCGUAUGACGCGGGUCAUAUGCGACCAUUUUUUUGGGAAACGUGUUUGGACAGAACAGAAUUAUCCUACCAGACAGGAAAAAAUGCUUCUUGCGCAACGGAUUGUACAAGCGUUCCCACAAUUAAUCAAAAAGGUGACGGAAGAUGCACCCAUCGAGUCGGCGUUUUUUUUCAAACAUAAUGGUCAAUUAACAGGCCCGCACAGUGGCUACAUUGAACAGCGAGUGGCGAACAUGCGCAAAGAAAUACCACGUGGUAUGCGAAAGUUUAAGCGCACAAAUGGCAACGAAAGUCUAGAGGAUGUUUCUGAUGAGAUGGUGGCGGUGGCGGAAAUGUGCACUGCUAUGGAGGCUACCCCUCAAAACUCACGCGAGAUUUCAAUAGCUCUAAAGAACUCGUUUGUCAUCCAUAAAAACAUGAUAACCCAGAAAAAAAAUGUCCAUCAAAUUCUGAGCCAAUUUCCGCAUUUAAAAUCAUACAAUGGUCUAAUGGUGCAGCAGGCGUUCGACAGGUUGAUGAAUGCUCCAGAUUCGGAGGCAAGCCUUAAGCGAGUGUUAGCUCAAUCAUUGUUACUUCGCCGUGGAGCUUUUCCGAACAUAGCUGACGUGUACAUUCGAGGAACUCUAAUCUUGAUGAAAGAAAUGGCCGUACGAGGAGUAAAAAGACCACACACACCAGGAAACUUAACACCAGAUGAGUUGUUUGCUGCGCCGCUAAUAAGAUGGAUAAAUCCUGCAGAUGCCAUAGACCAUUUCAGCUCUGAUCACAACAUUCAUCUAGUGUGCAUCGGAACACCUGCACAAAAUGGCAAUUAUUUUGUCGUGUUAGGUGGAGAUGCUCAAAUCUCAAUCGGCUCGAGUGCGCUCCAGGCUCUUGAUGUCCUGUUUAAAUGUUUCGUAGUGUUCAACUUACGCAUUCCACCGCUAUUAGGACCAAUAUCUGAUUUGUUUCGCAUGAAAGUACAGAAAGUUCUAUUAUGUAGCUCGCGCAGGUCGGUAAACGAUCUGGUAACAGCACUUGAUAACACAGAUGCAGCUGAGAUGAACGGUUAACAUCAUGCUUCCAAUUUUACUACCCCGUAUCAAAAGUGCCUGUUCCAUUGAAUUUACGGUCGAUAGACCAUUGCUCUUAUUUCUCUUUUUGUAGUAAAACUCUUGAUUCCCUGAAAACAUCCACAC